AUGGGCAUCGGAGGCUUUUUCAACUGGGUCAGCAAGAAGUAUCCGUCGGUGGUACUGCCUGCAUCGAAUGUAAACAUGGGCUUCGACAACUUGUACCUGGACAUGAAUGGCAUCAUUCACACCUGCUCACAUCCAUCAAACAAACCCGCACCUGCUACCAAGAGUGACCUGAUGGCGGAGAUAGCCAAAUACGUCGACAAGCUGAUGACAAUAGUUAAGCCCAGGAAGCUACUGUUCAUCAGCAUUGAUGGCAGGCCUCCCAGGGCGAAGAACAACAAAGAGAGGCAGGAGAUGCUGGAAAAAGGCUCGGGAAGCGUGCAAGCACGAGAGAGCAAUAACCACACCAGCUACAUGUUUUUCAUGACAGGAUUGUCGAAAGAGCUGUGUCGUUACAUCGACUCGCGUGUAAGUAGCAACCCGAGCUGGAAGGGAUUGGCUGUCAUCCUAUCAGACGCAGAGGUGCCAGGUGAGGGUGAGCACAAGAUCGUGGAGUUUAUCGGGAGACAGCGCGUUCAACCACAAUACAACGCGAACAUGAAACAUUGUAUGUUCAGCGCGGACGCUGAUGCCAUCAUACUGGGCCUCACAACACACGAGCCCAUGUUCACCAUUCUUAAGCAGUUG